CACACGAGGGCCAGAUGAUACGGACACGAUACUGUAAAAUAACUUAGGCUAAUAUAUUCGUUCGAAAAUUUGAGAACGUUCUGCACCCGAUUCUGUUGGCCACUCUUCCUUACUUGUCAUGAACGCUCUUUCAGGAACUCCGCCUUUCUCCUGUUGCGGAUUGGUGCUGCUGCUUAGUAGGUUACACAGAACACGGUUUUGAUUUCUUCCUCUUUCUAAUCACGAGCUGCAACUGCAGCUGCAUACCAGUCCAUCGGAAUUUCCGACGAAUCGACAUGUUCUAGCUCUAAACACAACGAUGACACGUUUCAUGGGUAUGGUGCAUCUACUCUGUGUGGCCUGGCUGCUGGCUAUCCUCCCUGCUGACCCAGCAGCUGGUCACCCAGGCAGUGUACAACGUGCACUCCCUCCUCUCGAUAAGCUCCCCUUUCUGACAGUGUGGAACGCGCCAACGGCCUCCUGCAGCAGCCGCUAUGGCGUGGACCUGGACCUUAGCGUCUUUGACAUCGUGGCCAACCAUGACCAGAUCUUCAUGGGAGACAAUAUCACCAUCUUCUAUGAGAGCCACCUGGGGCUCUACCCGCACUUCACAUCCCAAGGAGAGGCCGUAUACGGCGGCGUCCCUCAGAACUCCAGCCUGAAGGAGCACCUGUGGCAGGCCGACAACGACCUACGCACCUACAUGCCUGACCGGUACUUCCACGGGUUGGCUAUCAUCGACUGGGAGCACUGGCGACCCACCUGGGACCGCAACUGGGACAGCAAGCGCAUUUACUGGGACGCCUCACGGGCACUGGUUAAGGUGCGCCACCCGGACUGGAGCCCAGAGCAGGUGGACCGGGAGGCGCGGGCCCAGUUUGAGGCCGCAGCGCAGGCCUUCAUGGGGGACACACUGAUGCUGGCCGCCCGAGAGCGCCCUGGUGGCCUGUGGGGCUUCUACGGCUUCCCCAGCUGCUACAACUACCAGUACCAUGACCUGACCGUCAACUACACGGGGGAGUGCCCAGAGCUGGAGGUGAAGCGCAAUGACGGCCUGCUGUGGCUGUGGAAGGGCAGCUCGGCACUCUACCCAGACAUCUACCUGGAGCUGGGGCUACGGGGCCGGCCUAAGGAGACGUUGCUCUACGCCCGGCACAGGGUGCUGGAGGCCAUGAGGGUGCGGGAGCAGGUCACCGUGGCCCGCCCGCCUGUAUUGCCCUAUGCACGCAUCGCCUACACCUACUCUCUGGACUUCCUCUCUGAGGUCGAUCUGAUUCAUACGAUCGGGGAGAGUGCCGCCCUGGGGGCUGCUGGAGUCGUACUGUGGGGAGAUGGCAACUAUGCAGCGUCAAAGAUGUCUUGUAACACGGUGAAAGCCUACGUGGAUGAGGUGCUAGGUCGCUAUGUGGUGAACGUCACGACGGCAGCCUAUGUGUGCAGCCGCGAGAUCUGCCACAGCAAUGGCCGCUGUCAACGGCGAGACCCCGCAUCCGGCGCGUACCUCCACCUUGACCCAUCCACUUGGAGCAUCAUCCCCAGGAGCGAGCAUGCCAGCGCCCUCCGCCAGGGACCAGCUUUCAGGGCCCAGAGGAAGCCAGGGCUCUCUCAGGACAAGGCAACCAAGGAGCAGUUACUACCUUUCAAAUGCCAGUGCUUCCCAGGAUGGAUAGGGGAGCACUGCUCUGUCAAGCAGAAUGCCUGACUGACUUAGACUACAGGUGGUUAGAAAUGAGAACAGUGAAAGUCAUAGAAGAUUGCUUUAUACUAAUGUGUAAAUCUUUAUCUUACUCAAAUCCACAACGUUUACACAUAGCCAAUCUAACUGCACUUGCACUAAGAGUUUAACGAUCUCUCAUUUCAAUGUUUCUGUAAUCUUAAUUUAAGAUUUUGAUCCAGUUGUUACUGUAUUGGUAAAUUAAAAUUUAAAUCUAGUGAUAUUCAAAUGAUACACAAGGUAUCCUUGGAGAUAUUUGUAUUCAAAAUGUGGUAAUUCCCUAGUCAAACUGUCACAAUGACUGAAUGGGUGGAGUGCUGAGGCUUGUAAGAAUGAAUGCGUUUUUCAGAGCACUAACUUACAGUGAUCUUAACUUGAACCUCCAGGAAUGUUUUUUUUUUUACCAAAGGUAGCGCUCUAGAAUCUUUGAUUUUUACUGUACUGGUAACUGGUUGGAGCUGGUGCUGAGUUACUGAGAUAAUUCACCACCUGAUCUGCAUCAGCACUAUUAGAUAUGAUUAAGAGGGCACAGCCUGACUUUGGUUAGGAUAAUUAGAAAGGCUUUGGAUAAUUAGAAAGGCUUUGGCCAUCAUUAGUGUCUCCAAGGUAUUUUUUUUUUAACUGAUACUCUUUAACUUUCUUUAUGUGCCAUCAAUGUCAUGAAGAUGUUGAUUGGCAAAUAAGCACACAGAAGAUGAUGUUCCACGGUGUGCUAGUAAUGGGCACUUAAAGUAGCCUAUAGCCUACUAUUAUCAUUUACUUAAAUCAGUGAUUUUGAAUUUUUUUAAAAAUGCGAGUCACCUGAACUUUAAUCACGUCUCAUGGCGUACUUCAAUAUUGGCUACACUGAAUCAAAGAUCCUUGAUAACCCGCUCUGACUGGAAUAGUGUAGGUCCAUCAUUGUGUUUGUGCAGUGACCAAUAGAUGGCGGUAAAGAAACGCCAAUAGUCCAUCACUAGUCACUAGCACAUGCAGCAGAACUUCAGUGAGGAUGGGGCGAAGGACCCUUAAAGGACAACGCCGAUUCUCAUCAGUGGAAGAGAGAGGAAGCUAUAGGUCCAUCUAAAUACUACUCUGACAUUUCGAGGUUUUCCAAGAUGGUCUUGUAUGCUGAAUUUCACAACUGGAAUAACUGUAGCCUACCGGCUUGCCUUCCCUCUGCGCAGGGAAUUUACUACUCAGAGAUAAAGUUAUUAAAGUGUUUUUUUGUUGUAAA